UGACGUUGAACUUAUUAUAUGAACAGACAGAAAGCUGCAACCAUGUCGGCAGAUCUGCAGUGGAUGAUCAUCAGGAACAACUCCUCCUUCCUGCUGAAGAGGAACAAGCAGAGUUUCACCAGGGAGCCAAACAACCUGAAGGCUAAGAACUCCUACCGGUACAAUGGACUGGUCCACAAGAAGACCGUUGGUGUGGAGGCUGCUCCAGAUGGCAAGGGUGUUGUGUUGGUGACUCGUAAGCAGAGGGGCUUGAGAAAGCCAGCCAAGGGCACCAGCCGCGUGACUCUGUCCCGUGGAGGCCGUCAGACCCUGACCACCAUCAGACGUGCUGUCCGGGGCUACAGGAAGGACCUGAAGAUGCCUGCCCUGCGCCGUGCCAGUGCUAUCCUGCGCAGUCAGAAGCCUGUCGUGGUAAAGAAGAGGCUACCCAAGGCCAAGGCCUCUACAGAGUAGAUGUCAGUCUGUGCUAACAGAGUCAAAUAAUAAACAUCUGACAUAUGGCAUCA